ACCGAGGUUCUCAGGCUGAGGCAAAAGAUGACAGAGUUAGAUACAUUACAAUAUGAUCGAGCGGGACACAGGCCAGGGCAUUUGGGACCCGCCUGUGAACAUGCACGACACACUACUGGUCACUGACUUGCCGACCUACAAAAUCGCGCGCCCAGAAGCUUGUUGUUAGGCUAGCCCUGCAUUAAAAGCUUACUCCAUACAUUGCACCCUCUCUGCUGCAAGAUGAACACCACCAGCUUUAUUAAGGGCCCAGCCGUGAAAGCCGCGUGCAUCGCUAUCCUGGCGGGCACCGCCACGUUCGUGCUCGCUCGGCGAGGAGGCUUGCUACGGAUCCUUCGCCGCAAAAGCGACUGUAAACCCAAGGACAAGUCAUGCAGCGCGAAAAGCGGUAUCGCGACUGUUUCAUCUUCGCCCAACGACGCGGCCGCGGUGCCUUUGCGCGAUGACCUGCAGCCGACGAAGGCCGCCGAUGAGGCCGCUGACGCCACCUCCAGCAGCGGCGGUGCCAGCAGCCCUAGCGGCGAGCUCGCUCUGGCCGCCGUCAACGACAAGUCCAGCUCGGGCCCCUCCGACGCCUCCACGGGCGGCUGCGCCUCCUCCGCCAGCUCUGGCAACACGGCGGCCGGCAGCCUCAGCGGCACGGGCCUCUCCGCCUUCCGUGGGGACAACGCCGCGUGCAGCGCCACCACCGCUGACACCAUCGCCACUGCUUUCCCCAACAAUGCCAAGGAGGCACAGGUGGAAACCGUGGAGCGCACAGAGGCGUCCUGCAUGAGUGACGAGGAGGUCAAGGCCUUCAUCAAGCAGCACGGUCUUACGCUCUGCAUCCCCCAGCGCGAGCUGGGCAAGGGCGCUUUCGGCCACGUGGAAAUGGUGAUCAUUACCCUGCCUGACGGCACCACCGUCAAGGCCGCACGCAAGACCCUGCACGCGUGUGAGACCAAGGGCGCUGUGGCUGCACUACGCCGCAUACUGAACCAGGAGCUGGCAGGGCUGGCUGCUGCCGCGGGCUGCGAGCACGCGGUGCAGUGCCUGGGCUACCGGCUGCCGACUGAUGACGACGAGCGGGCGGAGCUGCUGCUGAGCUGUGCGGAGGGCGGCUCCGUAGAGAACCUGCUGAACGCGCUGGCCAAGGAGCACUUUGAUCGCAUUGACAACGCGCCCGAGCGCCGGCGCACCGGCAAGAACAAGGACAAGUAUGAGAUGCUGCCGUACCCCGGCAACACGCUCAUGGAUGAGGCUGACCUGAAGGGCAUGCUGCGUGCCAUGGCGCUCUUCAUCAAGCACCUGAACGCUCGCGGCUACAUGCACUUCGACCUGAAGCCCGCCAACCUGCUAUACGACAUCGCGCCUGAUGGCAGCAAGGUCUUCCGCGUGUGCGACUUCAACCUGGCAGUCAAGACCGACAGCAAUGGCCGCGUCGCGCGCGCCCAGGGCGGCACCCGCGGCUUCUGGGCGUGGGAGACGUACUGCCAGCUGGAGGGCCUGGAGGUGAAGCACCCCAUCACCCGGGCCGCUGACGUGGCCUCCAUGGGGCUGGUGCUGGCGGACGCCGCCGGGCUGCACUGCCUGGGGGGCGGGACCCAGGCCUACCUGGAGUACCUGCGCGACCUGCCCCGCCGCACGCCGCCCGCGCUCAAGGAACUGAUCGAGUGGAUGGUGGCGGAGGACCCCGCCGCACGCCCCACUCCGGACCAGAUCCUGGCGCACCGGUGGCUGACGGAGUAGUGACGUGGCUAUUGCGAAGGUGACGGGUUGCAAGUAGCUGUGAUGAGACGGGGGGCAAGGGCGCGGGGGCACGCACGGUACGAUACGGUCCGUGAUUGUUUAAGCAAUGCUCGGUCAUUCUCGCGGACUAUGCACAACAGACUGCACGCACAUUCUCAUGUCUGGUACUUGAUAGGAACUGCUCUUGCGAACUAGUUGGCACGUAAUGCGGCUGCACCGGUGCUGGAGUAACAUACAUGCAAACACUCCCGGGAUAUAUAGUUUGGGUGCAGCCGUGAUCAGCGGCAACUGGUGAACAUUAGAUGGCGUGCUGUUAUUGAGACCUAGUGCGGUACUGUGCAUGCACUUCGUGCUCGGGGACAUAUUUGCGUGCGUUAGAUGGGUGACUGGCGGGUAUUUGGAGAGCGUGUCGUUUGGCAUGGAUCUGGCAGCAGGCUUCAGAAUCCCCGAACUCAACC